AUUCUAGUGAGACAAAAAUAUAAACGACUACUGUAAUCUAUUAUAAAUGCUGCAUGGAUUUUUAAUGUUCUUCUAUUUCUGCCAUCACAGAUGUCAUGCUUUUGUUAACAUUAGCAUGUCAUAUUACUUUUAAAAAAGACAGGAAAUAUUUCAUAAUUUAUUGCAAUUAACUCAAUUCUUGGCUUAAUAAAGCUUUAGGAGAACUAAGAACUGAUUUUAGUAAAAUGCAAUCUUAAUAUAAUAUUUUUCGUUUCAUCCCUUAUAACUCUAUUUGGCAACCUAUUAGUUCAUAGCCUUGUUUCAUCUUUAUCACAAAGUCAGUCUUUUUUCAGAAAAGGCGUGCAAUCGCACGCGCACGCCUAAAUCGUUUCAGGCUUGUGAUUAAUUGCACACCUGAAAAAUAAAUAUUGAGUUUUCAAAAUCAACCUUUAAAAUCCAUUUUGUAGCGUGUGAUGGCAUCCCUUGAAAGAAUUUUUGGAGACUCGUCACACAAAACGUUUGAUAGAUUUCCGUCAUGGUCAGACACUUUUAGAUCUCAGAAAUUAUUGAAUAGUCCUGGACCUUUUAAAUCCACGAGCAAGCCUAUUCAUAGCCAACCUGACAAUCCUAGCUAAUUCACUGACUCCUGACUUAGGCAAAACAACUACAUAGACAAAUCUCUUUUGCCUGGCCUCUUCGUCUUUGGUAACCAGGUCUUACACAAGAAAUCCAGCCAUGCGGUUCUUAACUAAUGCGGAGGUGAAUGCCGACGGAGCACGGAUGAAGCAAGUCUGCAAAACUGCACUUACAGGCGGAAUAGACAUUUUAUCAUGGAUUUAAUUGUAGAUAAUUUCUUUAGGUCCGAAUUUAAUGGAUUUUUUCUUUAUGCCUGUAAAAACGAAACCCACGUGCGGUGUAAAUUUUUUUUGAAGUUUUAAGCCACGUGGAUAAAAAUUUUUUUAACUUGAAAACAAAGCAUAUUUUUGCCUUGCUUGUGAUGACCUGAAAAGUGAACAAUAAAUAUAAAAAUGACAGUACACUCAUGGAUACUAUUUCGGACAUGUAGAAAAGGAAAGAUUGAGAGAGUUGCUAUACCAGUAGACGCUCGAUCAUCGUGUUUGGGGUUCACGAUUUAAAACGUCCCCCACUUUUCUACCGCAAAAUGAAUGCGCAACAAAAAAUAACCUCGGAGCCCGUGUUGUAUGCGUAACAUUCUUUGCACGUGCGCUUUACAUCGCACGCGUUACUUGAUUUACACGUGCGAAUCAUCGCACACCUACUCAAAUAUUCCUGAAAAAGACUGCAAAGUAGACAUGUUUUUUACAUUCUAACGCAGAAAAUGUGUAUAUUUAUUGAUGUUUUAAUAGUAUUUUGAUCUGAUUUAGUAAAAUUAUGCCUGACUGUUUGUUUAGCAUUAAAAAUGAUGUGCCAGAGAUUUGAAUAUUUGGGUACAUUUUGGUGCGUAGAAAGUACAUUUGAUAACUGAUAGCUGCAACUAGGCUCUUUUGUUUUUAGUCUAAUACAUAGUGUAUUUAAAUACCUAGCUAUGGAAUUGUUACAAUUUGACUAAAAAUGGGUCAGGCUUGUUCAAGAGCUUGUGGCUACCAAUUGUUAUCAAAGGAGCUAAAGUUGCCUGUUGAGUCAGAGCAACUUGAUGACAAUGAAAAGAGGAAAGUGAAUGUGUUUAUGGGAGUGACCAGUAUUAAAUGGCUUCAAAAGAUCUCCACCACUGGAAAAGCUUCCAAUGAUGAGGAUCUUAUAGACUUGAUGCAAAAUAAAUCUUCCUUUGAUAAAGUGAUGCAACCAAGUUUUAAAUUUAAUGCAUCGUCAAAUUUAGUCAAGUGCCAGGUUAUUGUGUUGAAGAAGGACAUCUCUUUUGCACUACAAAACAAAUUUGCAGAAAGUUUUUCAGAUCCUUCAAUAUAUGAUAUCUUGUUGAACUUUUCAAACACACAAAAAACAAACCUUAAAAGUUUUCUUCAAGCAUAUGCUGACCAAACUGCAAACAACACUGAAAAGAAAGACAAAGAAUGUAGUUGGGAUGAACUUAAGAUUCUUAUGCAAGAGAUCUAUGGCAUUAGUGUGACAAAAUUGAAUUCUUUAUCUCACAUAUCCAGUUGUUCACAAAAUAAAAGAACUGCACAUAUGCUGCCUGUUCUUUCUGUGAUAGAGACAGAAGAAACAGUUUACAUUCUUGAACAAUUACCUCCGCACACAAUACAUGAUGCUCUCACUUACAGCCCUGCCAUUUUUGAAAAUAAUCACAUCAACCAGAUGUUCGUAAUAUAUCAAAUUCUGCAAAUAUUUCAAAAUGUGAGUCAGUACAACUUUAAAUUCGAUGAUGCAAACCUUUCUUUAAAUAAAAUUUACUUGCUACAAAAUUCCAUUUGGUUGGGUUUAUCACCUUUUAACUGUCUUCAAAUCAAAGAUAAACCAGAAGACUGCCAAAAAAAAAUUCCAGUUGUGAAAAUUUAUAAUGGAUUAAAUACUGUGUUAAAUGAUGCCUCAAUAAAACUUACUGAAGAAUUGAGUAUAUACACUGAAGCUUGGAUUGAAGGAAGCAUUAGCAACUUUGAUUAUCUUGUUGUCAUAAACAAACUUGCAGGGCGAAAAUUUGGCGAUUCGUUAAAUCACCCAGUGUUUCCUUGGGUCACUGAUUUUAAAAUCCCUUAUGAUGGUUACAGGGAUUUAACAAAAAGUAAGUUUCGACUUAAUAAAGGCGACCGGCAGUUAGAUGCAACGUUUUCUAGUGGUGCAGGUAUGUUUAAUAUGGGUGCACUGACAACUGCUCCAAUUCAGCAUCAUGUUUCAGAUGUUUUGUCAGAUAUAACAUAUUAUAUUUACCAUGCUCGUAACACAUCAAAGGAUAUUCUUUGUUCACAUGUCCGGUCUCGCUGGGUUCCUGAUGAAUACCCUUCAUCCAUGGAGCGCAUUUACGAGUGGACACCAGAUGAAUGCAUUCCCGAGUUCUUCUAUGAUGAGAAUAUUUUUAAAACAAUUCAUAACGAUUUGCCUGAUUUAAAUGUUCCUAUAUGGUUAUCCUCACCAAAAGAGUUUGUAGAGUACCAUUACAAAAUUCUUGAGAGCAACUGUGUUUCAGAAGCAUUGCAUCAUUGGAUUGAUAUUAUGUUUGGUUUUAAGUUGAGCAAUGUUGCUGCCAGGGAAGAAAAAAAUGUGCACUUCUCACUGGUGGACCAGCACACAGACCUUCGAAAUUAUGGAAUUGUUCAACUGUUCUCAGCGCCGCAUCCGAAAAAGAAGUAUUUGGCUGAAGAGCAAGAGCAUUACCCAACAAGUAAAAACGAGUUAAAAGUGCAAUCUCGUGAUGUCUCUGCCUCAUGGGAAUAUGUUGAUCUCACUGCAUCAAUGAAAAGAAGUAAGUCUGAGGAGUUUGCACCCGACCAGGAAGAUUUUCUAAAGCGGAGAAAAGCAAAAAGUUUUUACGAAACUGUAGUUUCUGCAACUUCCACAAACUCUGAAGAUGAUUAUAUGCCUCCAACAGCAUACGAUAUUGAUGUUAAAGCUUGUGGUGUCAAUUUUUUAAAUGUUCUACAAGACACCGAGGAAGUCUUAUUCCAUAAACUUAAUAUUCAUCCUCCAGACAUGAAUGGAAUUGGCAUCCAUCAAUUUGGGUCUUUCUUUGAGAAAACAAGGGAUAAGUUUCACUUCAUUAACGACGGUACAAAACUAUUGUUAUGUCUUCUUAUUGAAAUCACACUACAGAAAGAAACACGUGUUCAAACAUAUUUGCCAUUACUGGAUGAACGCUUCAGAAAGAAUGUAAAGUUAUUCCAUACAUUCCAGCAUGCUGUGCCAAGUUCGAUACGAUAUGCAAUUGAAGAUUUUCUUGAUCCACCAAAUGCAGUGGAAUUAAAUUCUCCAUCUUCACUGCCUUCAUCUUUCAGAACUGCAUUAAACUUUCCACCAUAUUUUGCAAAAGUGCAUGAUUUUCUGAGUCUGUUGUAUGCUGCAAUUGGAGACUAUCAAAAUACAACACUGUCUACAGAUGACAAAAUGAUAUUAUCAACUGAAAUUGAAAAAUGUGUCCCUCACCUUCAAGUUCUUCUGGAUGAUUUAACGAUAGAUGGCUUACAUCUUUUGUUAGUGUUUCUAACACCACUGUUUGAAAUGAAAAGAUUGCAAAUCACAAUGUUCUUACACUUGUUUUCUCCAAUCUGCAUGGCAUUAGGACCUGCUCGGUCUCGAUCAGUAUUUCUUAGAGACCUGCAAAAGAUUUACGAUUCAAUAAGUACAUCUGAUGAGGUUGCAUUAUUAACUCAGACAUUUUUAUCAAAAGUGCUAUCCUCGUUUGGUCAGGAUGUGUUUCUCCAUUAUUUGAUGGAGUUAAUAUUAGAUGUAUUUCUAAUUGAUGUUCCCCAUAUAACAGGGCCGCAAAGAUUUCACAAGUCUUCCUGUGUAUCAGCACCUUUAAGUAGUGAACUUACAUAUAAAAGCGAUUCAAUGAUGUCAUACCAAAUGUCACCUUGUGUUGUGACUGAAGUAGAUUCCAUUUCCAGUUUAAACCUCGAUAACAUAUUUGCAGAUCAAUCAGAGAAUAUGGUGGUUCUUAGCAAAGAUUAUACACACAGUUUUACUGAUGAUGGGGGCAGUCCUCCCUUUAAUCCUGUUUUAGAGAACUCCUUAUGUAAUGUAAACAUUGAGCCAACAGCGGUGGAUAAGUUGCCUCUGCUAAGCUCUCAGGAAGUCCACUCUCUCUCUGGAAUGGAAAGUUUAAUUGAAAUUGACACUAUGCGUGAAUCAUUGGGUGAAUAUUCGUCGUCUUUUCCAAAGUGCUUUGAAUACUCAUCUUCUGUUCCUAAUAAAAACGUCAUGGCUGACUCUCCAAGAGAGGAGAAUGCAUUGAGUAAUCGUACCUCAGUUUCAUCUGUUCCUUUUACUAUGCUGUUAUCUAAUGAAACGUCUGUGCAAGAUGGCCUAGAAGAAGCUAAAGAAGUAUUAGAAGAGGUACCACAAGAAGAAGAAUUAGGUAUCAAAGAGGAUGAGCAUGUCAACACUUUUCAUCAUGUUGAUAUAUACCAAACUAUUGUAGAAUCUGUAAGAUGGCUCAUGCCUUGGAUUGGUCCUAUACUUACCACUGAGUACAUUGCUUGGCCAUUAUUAAAAAGGAUGUCUAAAAUAUUGAUCAACACGAAUGGCAGUGGUGAUGCAGUCGAACCUAUUGAUCUCUUGCUGAAGAAAAUAGCACCAGUUAUUGAUUGUCUGAUGGAAGUUGCACUGCUUUAUGGAGAUUCAAUUGUUUUGUUUUUGUACCUCCCUCAUAUUGCUCAACUGAUUGAAUCAGGCAUCACAUCUCCAUCAGUGUCCAUCUCAUUGGGUAGCAGUCUUGUGUGUAAUGUGCAGUUAAUGACAGAAGCAUGCAAAAUGUUGGAACCUGAGAGUAUAUUGACCCAUAUUGAGGAGUUCUCAGUUGAUUUUUUUCAACCAUUAAUUCGAUUGCUAUCAACCGUGAAACCAUUUAGUACUGGAAGUGCUGUGAAGGAAUUUCUCUCGCGAAAGCUGAUUGACAUCCUCGGACUUCUCUGCCAGCGACUGAAACGAGAAGUGGCACAAGACAUUAUGGCACCCUUGCUCCAACAAUUUUUCUCAUGUUUUGAUGGUAUUUAUGCAUUGCGUACCGACGAAAAUGGAGAAUCGCAUGUGACAAGAAAAUAUUCUCUCCUUUGUCAAUCAUUUGACAAAAAUAAUUUAGGAACAAGAAAAAGGGCAGCUUCGAAUAUUGACAACUUAAAAAAGUUUUCUAGUUUUGAUGAAACUGACGAUGGUUCAUUUUCAUUACGAUCCGACCGUAUACCAGGCAAUGUUUGUAUUGAUGAUGUUUUACAGGGAGACAAAUUGGAUGAGUCAAACACUGUGCAUGAUGAGCAAUUUGCUGACAUUUAUGACACCUUUUCACCUUCUCUAGCAUACCAUGCCUACGUUUUGUUUUGUCGGGUGAUGGGUCCUCUCUACAUUGAGAAAACUUUGUACAACAGUGAUUUGGUCUGGAAUUUAUUCACAAAACAUGACAAAUGUUUGACAGUUGCUGAUACUGGAGAUCAAGACAAUUUGUCAAAAAAAACGACAGAAACAGAUGGUUCAAACAUUAAAAAGGAUUUGAGUGACUGGCAGCAACCUCUAGAGAUGUCACACGAAGAGGAAAGUAAAUACGCAGAAAGGUCGGCUUGGCAGCAUAUUGAUGGAAAAUGGUUUCAACACUGGAGUGAGAGCAAAAAUACUGGUCUACCUCACCAUCUAGAGUUUAAAGAUAUGAAGUUACAAACUUAUGCAGGUCACUCGUCUGUAAUUCGAGAUUUUUACGUUCCUGAUAACGAACACUAUUUCCUGUCUGCAAGUCGAGACAAAACUGUCAAAUUGUGGUUGCUAAAGAAUCAUGGCAAUGGAACAGCUCAUCUUGGAUACAGUCGAACAUAUGAUAGACAUACCCGUGCUGUUUUUUCUGUGCAAGGUAUCGAAUCAAAAAGAAUGGUUGCUUCAUGUGAUGGAGCUGUACAUAUCUGGGACCCAGUCACAGGGACUACAGUCUGUGAAUUUGAUGUUGGACGUAACAAUAAUAUCACCAGUAUGAGAACCUUACCUGCUCCUUCUACAUGCGUUGCUGUUGCUACAACAGAAGGAAACAUGAGACUGUAUGAUGUACGGCAAAAUAAGUUAGCCCAAGAAUGGAAACUAUCCCCUCAACCUAGUAUAGGUAUAAUUCGAUCAAUAUGCACAAAUGCAGAAGGUACAUGGAUUGCUGCCGGAUUUUCAAGCGGUAUUGUGUCUGUGUUAGACUUACAAGUUGGUAUUUUAAGAGGACAAGCAAGAGUUCAUGAUGGUGAGAUAGUCCAGAUGGAACCUGUACCAGGCUAUGGCUUCAUCUCAGCAUCAGUGGACUCUAAUAUUCGUAUGUGGCAUGAAGAUGGAAAUGUUUCGCACAUUUUAAAAAGUUCAAACGACAGUAUCCAUACAGUGGUGUACACAAAACAACAACUUUUAUGGUCGACCACAACUAACAAGUUGAAUAUCCACAGUAAAGAAAGAUUUUCUUUGUUUCAAACCUAUCGUAUCGGUCAAGAUUCAUUCAAAGGAGCAGUUUCAAAGAUGGCCUUCCUUCCAAUUAAUCGACUGUAUUUGUUUGGCGCUGAUAAUGGAAAUGUGAUGCUAUAUGCUUGAUGUAGAAACCAGUUGAGUGUGAUUUUAGUGAGCUUUAGCUGAUACAAAGUUAAGGUUGGUUUCCACUAACAUAAAAAUUUUUGAGCAACUAUUUUACAGCUUUCGCACAACAUUACGACUUUAUUGGAAACGCAUGUCGUACAACAAAGCGACAAGAGAUACUGUGUUACCAAUAUUGUAGAGAUUAUCUAUUUUCUAUCUUUCUAACAGUUUUUAACAACUGCAGCACAACAAUUUCAAUGGAAACCGAUCUUCAAUCUGUGAUUCAUUGGUGCUAUAUUAUAACUUGUAGAAUUUCUACAGUUUUAUUCGUAAAAAUGAUGUGUAUCAAAACACACGUUAUUCUGAAACAUCAUAAACGAGACCUUGAUCGUGCGAAGUGUUUCUUAAGUACUGGCUCUUUUAACGGAAACAAUAAUACGCAUUUUAUUUAGAUUUGUACAAGUAAGUAACUUUUUUUUUUUUUAUUCGGGGCGAUUUUAUGUCCAUACUUUUGUAUUCCUGGAUUAAAACGAGUUUUCGUCAUCUUUUUCUGUGCAACCAAAAUAUUCUGACCCGUGAAGGUUGUAUUGGAGCAAAAGAACAGAUUAGGUUUUCAAUAACUAAAGAAAAAAAAAAAUGAUUAAUUACUAACAAAAGAAUAAUUAGUAACAAAAUAAUUAGUAACAAAAUAUAAUUAUAGUUGUGUUCUUGGGUGGAGAUUGAUUGAAGACUUUUGCGCGGAUAAUUUCUUAGAGUCGACAUCCAGUUUAAAGCAUAUUUUACUUACAGCACCACUUUGUAUUGCAUCUGUUACAUGCAACAUUUGAUACUUAAAUGUCUCUUACACUCAGCUUGUCCCUUCACCAAACUUAACGUCUCGUUGGAUCACGUACACCAAAAUAGUUGUGUUAGCAGAGUUGUCAUGUAUAUUAUAUAUGUCUGAUGAAUACUAUUCCUAGCUUUCGUGCUGAAUACAAUAAAACGAUCUGGAAACUAAAUGAUAUUCGUGUUAUUAUUUUUUUGUUUAUUUUUCUAUUUUCUCACGUGAAAAUCGUAGUAGUUGUCAAAUAUAUAGAUUAAUUUUCAUUUGACUUCAUUUAUUUUUAAACUGGAGAAAGUUCUGUAAGUAUUUCUACGAUUUCUUUUUUCGUUUUUAAUCUUCUUUCCAGUUCUUUUGUUUUGUUUUACAUCGGUCGAAACGACUAAAUCUUAAUAAAAUAUAAACUUUAGAAGCACUGAAAACGAUUUUAAUUUUUCUUCCGCUAUGGUAAAGAGGUUUCAACCGAGAAUUUAACGGCCUCCACACGAUAAAAAGAAGCCGAGUGGAUCGAUUGCAAAAAAUAAAAAAAGUUGACGUUUUUUUUAAUUGCAGAUGAGAAAAUGUUUUGCUCCUUCCUUAAAGUUGUUAAAAUUCAUCUAUCCUUGCUUCAUAAAAGUAUUUUUUAAAUUCAGCUUGAAAACGAGGGUUUUAAAAAAUGUGCAAUAAAGUAGUUUUUAUUUAGAAGCGCACCAUUUGAUGAAUAUUAUUUUAUAUAUAUUCUUUUUGAAAAACCUAUUUUUAUACACAUGUACAUAGAUAGCUUAGAUUAAAGAACUGAUUUGUACGUAGAAAUAAAGAAAUACGAAAUAAAUUUAUAA